AUGACCUUCCGCAAGUGUGAUGUUUCAUGCAAAGAUGCUACUGCUGCUGUGUCUGCUGAGCUUAGUCAUAUUGGCCCAAUCACUCGAAGCAAGUUCAGGGCUAGUGGCUUGGAUGGGACCGAAUACUUCGCCUCCUUGGAGCCUAGCUCCAACCUUGGGGAAUUUGAGGAUUUGGUGGAUUCUCCAAUUUCAACGAUGGUCAACGCCUUAAUGACUGACACAACUAACGUGGAUGAGAAGUUUGCCAUGAUGGAACAAACUAUUGAAGUCUUGAAGAAAUCUGUUGAAGACAAAGACCUUCAAAUCGCUCAACUCAUGAACAAAUUGGAGGCCUAUGCACCAGAAGAAUCAAGCCACGUCCCUCCUCGUUCAUCUGUCUUCACCUCGCCAAAGACGGCUAUUGAGGAAUCACUUGCCAAGUUCAACAUUCAAAAGGAAAAGCAAUCCACUUUAGUUGCGGCGUUAUCUGUCCAACAAUUGCAAGACAUGAUAACAAACACCAUUAGAUCUCAAUAUGGCGAACCAUCGCAAAGUUCGUUGUACUACUCUAAGCCUUAUACUAAGAGGAUUGACUGUCUAACCAUGCCAACCAAUUAUCAACCAUCAAAGCCGCAUCAAUUUGAUGGCAAAGGGAACCUAAGGAAACAUAUUGCCCACUUUGUCGAGACUUGUAGCAAUGCUGGAACGCAUGGUGACCUUUUGGUAAAACAAUUUGUUCGUUCUCUGAAAGGGAAUGCAUUUGACUGGUAUAUUGACUUAGAGCCCGAGUCCAUUGAUAAUUGGGAGCAACUUGAGAAGGAAUUCCUCAAUCGUUUUUACAGUACCCGAAGAACUGUAAGCAUGAUAGAGUUGACAGGCACUAAGCAAAGGCAGGACGAGCCCGUGGUUGAUUACAUUAAUCGUUGGAGGGCGUUAAGUUUGGACUGCAAGGACCGCCUUUCAGAAAUAUCUGCUGUGGAGAUGUGCAUUCAAGGAAUGCACUGGGGCCUUUUGUACAUCCUAUAA